CUUAUAUGUAAACAUGGCUCUUGAGCCAGACACCGAUUACCACCACUGAAAAACUUGACCAUAUGCUGAUUAUGCUACUGGAGCCAAAAAAAUAGCGAGCAAUGCGUUGAAUAUCAUUUGGCUGCACAGCCAGUGAGUAUUUAUGGAUAUUUAUGAUUGGAAAUCACGUUUCAUGCGUUCAGAUUUGCCAUUGCUUAUAAAAGAAGUGCACCGAGUUUGUUUUAGUUAUUAGUAUCCAAAGAACUGAGCCCAGCUGAACCCGCCCAUCUGCAAUACAAACCAAAAUGAAACUGUUCGUGUGUAUCUCAUUGGCUCUAAUCGCUGCCGUGACGGCUGGGCAUUCAUAUGGAUCAGCAAAUCCUUCAACCUAUGGUGCUGCUCCAGCCCUCAGUAGCUACGAAAGUGGAUCUUCGGCUAGUGCCGUACAGCAAGUAAGCUUGGCUGGUCUUACGAAUUUGGUGGACGUUGGCGCCAUUGAGAGAUUAUUGAAUGCGCCCGCACCUUCCCAACAUGGCCGCAACUCUGCUUCGUAUGCUGCUGCUAAAUAUGUGGUGGCACCAUCAGCACCUAGCGCUGGUCCAGUAAUCUCAUCGUCUUACAGUGCUGCACCUGCCCCGGCUGCCGCUAGCCGUGGUGCUGCGCCAUCUGCCUAUGGCGCUGCACCAGCCACCUAUGCCGCUGCACCAGCUCCAAUUACCUAUGCAAGUGCAGUGCCCUCGGUUAGCUACGGUCAACCUGCACCAUUGCCCAGUUACGGAAGUGCAGCCGUAUCGUCUGGUGGAUAUGCUGCUUCCGCUGCACCCAAAUACGAAGUCCUCCCCGCUUACGUGUCGCAAAUCAACGCCGGCAAGAACAACUACAAAACCUACCAGACUCCAAUUCAAUACAGCACUGUGACCCUCCCAGUUGCGCCAGCGGGUCCAGUUGCCAAUUUGUACGUGCCCGAGAACGCCGGCUCCGGCUCCUCUGGAUACAGCAGCUCUGGCAGCUCCUAUGGUGGCGCCAGCUAUUAAACGCAUGCCAAUUGCGAGAACAUUUAGUUAAAUAGUAGAGUUUAUUGGAGGAUUGGCCAGUAAAUGAAUUAAAAAUUUUGCUUGAAAAAGUUUGUUGCACAAAAAUAAUAGAGAAAUGUUU